AUGGCCUCCAUGUGCACGCGCCUCAUUGCAGCGUUUUUUCUCAGCGUGCUCCUUUGCAGCUCUGCAGCCGUUGGAUCUAGCCGGGGCUCGAGGAGUCUUAGGGUCCUUCAGCAAGCAUCCGGAAACGAGGAAAUGCCAGCAACAGAUACAGUCUUCAACAGUGCGCUCGUCAUCGACGCGAGCUCCUUCAUUUCAGCCUUGCUGAACCAGUCAAUAACAUACAUACACAUCAACCGCAGCAUCAUUAUAAACGAGGCCAAAGCUCGUGCUCAGAUCCAGCAAGCCGUUGGCGAGGCAAAUGCAGCAGUCACGCUUAGCCGCAAUGUCACAGUCAUCGGCCAAGGCAACCCUGUCUACCUCCUAGACUUCGGGAACGUCAGCAGGAUCGUCCGCGUCCCCACCGACACAACUCUCGAAUUUCAGAGGCUGCGAGUGCGCGGAAUGUACUUGCAGUUGGAGGAAUUUCCGCUGAUGCUAACCGAAAAUAGCGGUGGCAACGUGCACUUUAACAACGUGCAGCUGCAGCGCAAGGCCUGCCGGGCGCUGGAGUAUGAUGACUUUAUGCCCAAGUCCGGCUUGGUGGGGUCCACCGCCGUACGAGUGCCAGCUUACGGGGGCCCGCCCCCCAGCGAGCCAAUUGCAGCUAGCGAACCACCGCCCGACGAUAUCGAUACGGCGUGGGAUGUCGACCAUUCCUACAAGGACAACGACCUUUGCAUACCGUUCAUAUGGGAUGAUGAUGCAACGUUGGGAGUUGACAGUUGCUACGAGCAGCCACUCAAACUUCUGGACACAUCCUACACAGUCAGAGCUGGCUUUAUUGAUGAUCCGGACAAUGGAAGAGGCGGGGCCGUCCCCUUCGCCAGCGACCUCAACCUCAGCUUCAACAACACCAUCCUGCUGUGCGACGUCUUCAUCAACAAAACAUGUGCGUCCAUGCCCGACAUCCUCGACGGCUGCAUCUCAGAGCUCUACAACAGGAACGCGCUGCUCGCGACUACCGCACUGGGCGGCGUCCUGUGGUGGCGGCGGCGCCGCCAGGGUGCGGCUGCGGCAAAGGGCAGCGGACAGCUGCAGCCUCAAGACUCGGACAAGGUCGUAUUCCAGCUCACCAUGGACGACGGCGCCAAAGGCGGUGGGGCCAGGGGCGGCAAGAGCACCAAAAGCAGCAGCGGCAGCAGCAGCAGCGGCGCUAAAGGUGGCGGCGGCGGCAGUAGCAAGUCCGUCACCUCGCCUCCAUUCCGCCGCGGCAGCCGCCCCACGGAUAGCUGCGGUGCGGACCCCACUCGGUCCAUUCAGCUGCAACACCUGCUGGGUGCAGGCAGCUUUGGCCGUGUGUAUUACGGUACUUGGCAUCGGCAGGGAGUUGCUGUCAAGAUCAUACCCCACUCGGAAACCGCUAAUGCCAAGGUGCAACAGGAGAUUGCUCUGGUGACUAAAUUCAACCACCCCAAUGUCGUACGGUCCCUCCAUUGCGCCACAUUCGAUGUGGGCUCACUGGAGCAAUCCCACACGGCGCAGCUGGAGUCCCUCCGCACCAGCUCCACGGCUUCGGCCCCGCCCUCCGUGAACAUGGAAACGUGGAUUGUACUCGAGUACUGCGAUGCGAGUUCUCUGGCGGCGCACUUGGGUGCCAGGGCGGCACACAUUGCGGCAGCGGCGGAGAGACUCGCGGCCGCGGCGGCGGCGGCCACCGCCAGGACCGCCACCGCGACGGCGACGGUCUUGUGCGGCACGGACUCCGGUCGCUGCGGCGGCGGCGGCGGUCCUGGCGGUGAUGUGGUGUUGGCGACGGCGGCGGGAAGCGGGCUUUUGGCUUCCCCUGUGGGCAGUUUGUUACAGCAUGCGGCGGCGGCGGCGGCAGGGGCUGGCGCUGGGGCUGGUGUGGAGCCGGCGGCGGAGGCCAUGGAGGGGUGUCCUUUGCUAUCGCACAUGCGGGACGUGUUGUCAGUGGCCCUGGAUAUCGCUGCGGGUAUGGCCUACCUGCACUCCCUCAGCGUGUGCCAUGGAGACCUCAAAUGCGAGAAUGUGCUGCUCUGCACAAGGAAGCUCAUACGGCAGCAGCAGCAGCAGCAGCAGGAGGGGAAGUCAACGCCGUCAAUGUCGUCGUCGUCGACGUUACCGGACGGUGGCGGCGGCGGUGCCGCCAGGCGCAGCGCCGAACCCGAGGAUUUACCGAAUACCGCGUCGUCGCCGCCGCUGUCGGAACAGGAGGCCGCGGCGGCGCCGGCGGCGGCGGUGGCUGCAGUACAUGGAGACGGCGGCAGCGGUAGCGGCAGGAGCAACGCCCGGGGUCCUGACUCGGCGGGCAACGAGAACCGCGGCGGCGGAGGAGGCGGUGGCGACGACGCUGAAGCCGCCGCCAAUGGGCCUUGUCACGGCGCCAGCGGCGGCCAAUCCGCUGUGGCAGCGGCACCGGCGGCGUCUGCUCUCUCGCCUCCGGCCAAGCGCACGUGUGUCGUGCCGUACGUAGCCAAGGUAGGCGGGGGUGGGGGCAUCCGUGGCAGCGGGCGUGUGCCGGUGCCGGUGGCUGUGGUGGCUGCGACAGCGGCGGCAGUAGUGGCCGUGGUGGCGGCGUCGGCGCGGAGGGUUUGUUGGCGGUGCUGGUUGUAG